AUGUCGCUAGCAGGGCUGAAAAAGCAAUUCAAUAAAGCUAAUCAGUUUAUGACUGAGAAAAUUGGCGGAGUGGAGGGAACAAAGUUGGAUGAGGAGUAUUUAAACUGCGAAAAGCAAAUUGACAUUAUGUCGAAACUUAUCGAGGAAAUAAUUAAUCGGACCCACGAAUACUUGCAACCAAAUCCAGCGACGCGAGCCAAAAUGGUCACCGUUAAUACUUUUAACAAGAUCCAGGGUAAAGCCAAAACAUCUGCGUAUCCUCAACCGGAGGGUCAACUGGGUGAUUGCAUGCUUAAAUACGGAGAAGAACUUGGCAACGAGUCUCUUUUUGGUGAAUGUUUGGUCCAGGCCGGUCAGUCAUUCAAAUGUUUGGAGGAAGUCAAAUUCCAUAUGGAAGAUCAAGUUAAGGCAGGCUACAUUGAGCCUCUACGGGGAAUUCAGACAGUAGAGCUGAAGGAGAUCAAUUUUCAUCGCAAAAAGCUUGAGGGUCGCAGGUUGGAUUACGACUGCAAAAAGAGACGUAAGGAGAACAGUAAGUGUCUGUUUCAACUUGCAGAUUUUACGAAUGAAUCAAAAAUUCUCUUUUAA